AUUGUAUUUAAUGUAAAACUUAUAUAUAUGUAAACCAGACACACCUUGCCUUAUCCCUCCCAAUCAGAUGGCUUAUAUCCUUCUCCCUUUCAUCCUACUGUUAAUGUUAAUAUCCGGUGCCGUAUUUCUUCGCCGGAGAAACGGCCUCCCUAUUAACUUGCCGCUUCUCGGCAUGACACCCGAGAUCAUCCUAAACAUCCACCGUAUCCACAACUUCGUUACCAAUUUCCUCAAACUUAGUAACGGUACAUUCUUGCUCAAAGGUCCUAAGUUUGCCAAUAUAGACAUGCUAUUCACAUCUGACCCUGCAAACAUCCACUACAUGUUGAGUAAAAACUUCCCGAAUUAUCCUAAAGGUCCCGAUUUUCGUAGAAUAUUUGAUAUUCUAGGAAAUGGGAUCUUUAACUCUGAUCAUGAGUUAUGGGAACUUCAUAGGAAAACAACUACAGUUUCUGUAUUCAAACACCCGAAUUUUCACUCGAUUUUAGAAGCAGGCAUUAAGAACAAGAUAGACAAAGGGCUUCUACCGGUUCUUGAGCAUUAUCCGGAGAUCGAUUUGCAAGAAAUAUUUCAGAGGUUUACUUUUGAUUCUAUUUGUGUGUUGCUUUUGGAUUAUGACCCUGAAAGCUUGUCGGUUCAUUUACCGAUUGUUCCAUGUGAGAAGGCGUUUACGGACGCUGAAGAAGCGCUUUUGUGGAGGCAUUUUUUGCCGGAGAAGGUUUGGAGGUUGCAAAAGAGAUUUGGGUUGGGGAAGGAGAAGAAGCUGAGUGAAGCUUGGAAGGCUUUUGAUGAGUUUAUAUACGGAUGUUUGUCCCGAAAAGAGAAGGAAGACGAGGAGCCAAUAGGGUUGUUAACGUCCUUAACGAGCGGUUUUAGAGGACAAACUGGACUUUCAUAUGACUCAAAAGAGUUCCUAAGGGAUAUCAUACUAAACCUGAUGCUUGCUGGAAGAGACACCACAAGCACGUCCCUUUCUUGGUUCUUUUAUCUCCUCACUCAAAACCCGAGUGUGGAGAACAAGAUCCGUAAAGAGAUCGAGAACAAAACAGGUGGUCGGAAAUGGCAAACUUUAACCAUAAAGGAUCUGGAGGGACUUGUUUAUCUUCAUGGAGGUUUAUGCGAAGCAUUAAGACUCUAUCCACCGCUUGCUUUAGAGCACAAAGCUCCAUCAGAGGUAGACAUUCUCCCAACCGGUCAUGUUGUUGAUAAAGAGACAAGGAUAAUUUUGUCUAUUUACUCGAUGGGACGAAUGGAAGGGUUAUGGGGGGAAGAUUGCAUGGAGUUUAAGCCGGAAAGAUGGUUUUCAAAAGGCGCGAAUGGGAUUGUGAUUAAGCAUGAACCGUCGUACAAGUUCCCUGCGUUUCAUGCUGGCCCUCGGACGUGUUUGGGUAAAGAAAUGGGGAUGAUUCAGAUGAAAAUGGUGGUGGCUGCAAUCAUUUGUAAUUAUCAUGUGGAAUUGGUGGAGGGUCAUGUGGUUUGUCCGAGUGAUUCGAUUAUACUGCAAAUGAAAUAUGGUUUGAAGGUUAGGCUCUUUCCGAUCAAGACCGCCAAUGAAGGAGGUUAAUAAUUUCACACGUCGAAUUUGUCAAAUAUUGAUGAUUGUAUGUUAAUCUACAAUAGUUUCGGUGAUAUAUAUUAUGGUGUAAUAUGCAUACAUUUUAAUGAAUA